AUGAACGAGGAAGAUAGAGUCUCAAUAAUAUGUAGUUAUUAUGUUGAAUUUCAGGUUAGUUCUGUCAAUUAUAAAACAACUUUUGCCUCUGGUCAAGUCAAUGAUGUAAAAGAAUAUAUGCAAUUUGUUUACCCAGAGUUAAAUAAAUUAAACUAUGAAGGAAUUAGUGGUAUUCCUGCGAAAGUAUUUUCAUGUAUUCGAACUACUCUUGAACAUGAAUAUGAGUAUUGUUAUUAUUUAAGAUAUACAACAACUACUCCUAAAGUUAUUAUUAUUGUUACAAAGGAAUAUAAUACUUUUUUCUUAGAUUUGUUGAGGGCAAUGUUAAAUACAAAAGAAUUUUUAAAUCCUCCAUUAAUUCUUCAGCGAUGUAUGACGUUAACAAACAGAGAACUUAAAAAAUCAUUUAUUACAUUAGGUAACUUCCAAAUAACUAACAAACAACCAAAUUAUAUUAUUGAAACAAUUAAAGCAUUUGGAGUUAAUACCUUCGUUGAUAUUGUGUUUAAGAUGCUACUUGAAGAACGAUUUAUUUUUCAUAGCUGUACUCCAGAAACUAUUCACCCAACUAUUCAAGCAUUUCUUAAUGUUCUUCAACCUUUUGUAUGGCAACACAUUUUAAUUCCAAUAUUACCUCUUUUUCUUUCAUCCUAUUUAAGUUCAAUACUUCCAUGUAUAAUUGGAUGUACACGCGGUACUUAUGCUAAUUUUAUGAUGGAAUUUGGUGAAGAUGAUGAUGUACAUGUUAUAGAUAUUGAUAAACACCAAGAAGUUUCACGAUGUAUUCGAGAGAAUUAUUUAGUUAAUAUGCCAAUGGGAAUUUUUAUGGCAAGACUAGAUUUUAUUAUUGCUAAUGAACAAGAGUUUAAUGAUGAAGAUGUAGUCAAAUUGUUUAAACAAUUGUAUAAGUUAAUGUUGGAGAGACAUAGUCAUUUUUUUAAAAAGAAUGAAUCUAAGUUUGAGUUUGCCCAAGAAAUGUUUUUAUCAAGUACUUCUUCUUUUAAGGAAUUCUUGAAACACUUUAGUCAGUCUCAAAUGUUCUUUCAAUUUAUAGAAGAAGAAACAAACAAAUUAAACCAUAAUCUUCCAAUAUCACCAAUAAUAAAUGAAACAUGUACUGUUAGAUAUAGAAAGUUACAAGACAUUAGUUCAAUACAAAGAAGAUGUGGGAGAUGUCUUGAGGAGAUAGUUAAAGAAGACCCUGUUUUUCAAUAUCAAGACAAUUCAGUCCAUCAUAGACAAUGUGCAAGAUGUAUUAUUUGUAAUAAAUUCAGUGAUAGAAAGAAAUGUUUAUUAUGUGGAGGUAUUAAUGAACCUAUAACUAAACAAGAUAUUAGUCUUGCAUAUAAACAUGCUCUACAAAAACAAUAUGAUAAACAAAAGAAAAUAAGCGAAUCUUUUAUUACAAACGAACCUAUUGAUGAAAAUGAUUUAAAGUAUGAAUUUGUUGAAACUUUCCAACGUUCAAUGAAAAAUUCAAUUAAGAAAUUGCUUGUACUUAGUCCAAAUGAACGAACAAAAGAACAAAAGAAAGUAACUUCAACACCACAAGAAACACCUAAACAUGGAGAGGUACUUAAUUGUUCUACUGAUUCAUUUACAUAUAUAUCUAAUGAACAACUAAAACCACAACCCUCACCACCUCAGUCAUCUUCUGUAGCACGAACACCACAUAACUAUCAUCCAUUACCUCCAAAACAACAAAACUAUCCAAUACCACCACCUCAAGAUGAGAUUGUUUUUUCUAAACCACCAGCUCUUCCUCCAAGAAGAAGUGCUUCAACAACCCAAGCACUACCAACAGUCCCUACAAGAACAUACCCAACAAAUAAUAACAAUAAACAAUUGGAACAACAAACUAAACGAACAAGUGGACAUACCAACUCAUCUCCUAACCUAACAUCUACUAGAAUUACUGAAAAAACUGAAUCAAUAAAUAAAAGACCAUUACCACCUGUACCAAAUAAAAGAACCAAUUUCAAAAUUAAUUCUAAUUAA